CUUCCUUUCUCAAGGUCGUCUCUCCCCCCAACCCAGUCCGCCAGACUCCAACCACGCAGCUUUCAUACUGUCUGGCAAGAGAAGAGAGCUUUGGCCUCGUCAAUGGCGCCGAAGCGUUCCUUCCGCGAUGAUCCGCCCUCUGCUUCUUCUUCCUCUUCAGAAAGGGAAGUAGAAGAAGAGACCCAGGAAGAGGAAGAAGAGGAAGAGCCACACAAGGAAGACGAAGAGGAAGAGGAAGAGGAAGAGGAAGAGGAAGAGGAAGAAGAAGAAGAUCAAGAAGAAAAGAAGAAAUCACAAGCCCAAUCUUCAGACUCUGAGACCGAGUCCGAGCCCGAUCGCGACCGAGCCGUCAAGCAGAGUGGCAAGCCAGUCCCCGCGAAACCCGCGGAGCGGAAGAAGCGCCGUGCGGAAGAGAUCGUCUCGAAUGGGGAGGCCGCGCCGAAGUGGGUCAAGACCGAGUCGAACUCGGAGGCGGAAAAGAAGCAAUUUUUCCAGCGGAAAUGGAGCGAAUCGGAUGAGAUGGAGGUGAUGAAGGGCUUGGUCGAGUUCUCCGAGCGGAAGAAGGACAACCCGGUGUACGACUACAACGAUUUCUACGAGUUGAUCAAGAGAAAGAUCCAAUCUUUCGUCACGAAACCGCAGCUGAGGAGCAAGAUCCGGAAUCUGAAGAAGAAGUUCAGGAGCUGUGAGAAGAGGGCAAAGAAGGGCGCCAAGCUCAGCCCCCUGGAGGUGAAUUUCCUCGAAUUGGCCCGGAAGGCGUGGGGAUCUGCCGAAAAGCCUGCGAAAGAGAAGACUGCUGCCGAAAAGCCUGUGAACGAGAAGACUGCCGCGGCUCGUCGGCUUGAGGGGCAGGAAGGGACUUCGGUUUCCGCUCUGUCUCAUUGGUUGUUGAAGGGGAUUGAGGAUUUGGGUGGGGGCGGGUCCAUUAAUGAGGAGUUUAUCAGGAAAUGGACGGGCUUUGUCGAUGAGAGGAAGAGGGUGGAAUUGGAUCAGAGAUGGAGGAGGCUUCAAGAAGAGGAACUGCAGCUCGUUGCGAAGCGCGCUAGGUUGACUCACGAGCUGACUGCUCUUAUUCGUCAGGCUUAUAACUCAAAUGUUCUUUAGCUAUGAACUCUGACUCUGGCUUUUGAUGGGGAUUUUUGGGUCACUGUCUACUCUAGUUUAGGUAUGGGUUAUCACCCACAUUUUGUUGCACCGACGGUUAUGCGGAGUCGGCGGUUUACUGGUCUGAGUGUGACCUCUGAUGGAUUAUAAGUGCCUAGCUAACUAGUUUCAGUCAUUUUCCUUCUGCAUUGUUCUUCAAGUGCACAUGGAUCUUCUGAGUUUUGAAACUUCUUUGCUUUAUGAGUUGCCUUUGCCUAGUCUGCUUGUCUGAUGUUCAAUGCCAUAUCGACUUGGAGGUCUUUCUGAAGUGAUCAAUUGGUUCUUUGAUUUCUCAGAAUCUUCAAUCUUGUUCAUAGUUGUUCAGUGACCGAUGAAUCUGAUGAUUUCCUAUGCAAUUAGAUAGACAUGUUUUCA